AUGGAGGUCGGACACCGCGACGCCAAGGGGGUCCCCCCCUCCGGCCCCAGCGGCCACAUCCCGUAUGUCGACUCUAUGCCCGCCAUAAACGGCAAGGAGAGUGAUUCUGACCAGGCCAAGGCGGGAGCGGGCAUGCUGGUCACCUUUGAUAACGUUACGUACACCGUGGUCAAUAGUGCCAACAAGAAGGAGAAGAUCAGCCUGCUGCAGGGCGUCUCAGGCUACUUCCAGCCCGGCCAGCUGAAUGCGCUCAUGGGCCCCUCUGGUUCCGGCAAGACGACGCUGCUGGACGUUCUGGCAGGGCGCAAGACGACGGGGAAGCAGGAGGGCGCCGUGCUGUACGGCGGCGUCCAGCCCAGCGGCCCCUUCCUGCGCCGCUACACGGGGUAUGUGGAGCAGUUUGACACGCUGCUGGGCAACCUGACGGUGCGCGAGAAUCUGCAGUACACCGCGGAGCUGAAGGCGCGGGUCAGCCUGCCCCUGGCCGACAAGGUGGCGCGCGUGGAGCGCAGCCUGCGCCAGCUGGGCCUGGAGACCUGUCAGAACGUGCUGGUGGGCACGCCCGCCAAGCGCGGGGUGUCGGGUGGGCAGCUGAAGCGCACCAACAUCGGGCUGGCCCUUGUCACCUCCCCGCUCGUCCUCUUCCUGGACGAGCCCACCACGGGGCUGGACUCCUACACCUCCCAGGAGGUCAUGGACACGGUCGCCGAGCUGGCUCGUACGGGGAUCACAGUGUGCGCCACCAUCCACUCCCCCACGCCCCACGUCUUCCGCCUCUUCGACCGCCUCUUCGUCAUCCUGCAGGGCAGGACCGCCUACUUUGGCCCCAACAACAGCGAUGUGGUGCCCUUCUUCCAGCGUGCCGCCCAGGGCCUGGACGGGCUGUCAGAGCGGUCCAGCCUGUCAGACGUGGAGUACAUGACCGACAUUGUGGUGCAGUCGGACCGGCAGGGCAGGUCCGACGCCAUCACCGAUUACUACGCGGCCUCCGACCUGGCCGCCCAGAACCGGGAGGAUCUGGGCCGCCUGGCCGGCGUGCUGAACGACCUCACCCCCUCCCAGCGCGAGUACCUGGCGGUGAAGCGUGCGACCGUCACGCCCUCCUGGUUUGGCCUCAAGACGCUGUUCAAGUACCGCCUGCGCGCCGACCUCAAGGACCCCCUGUUCCUCCUGCCGCGUGUCGUGGACAAGCUGCUCAUCGGCUUCAUCCUCUUCACCCUUUACUGGCAUGUGGGCAAGGACCUCUCGGAGCAGAACAUCACAAACAUCGUGGCCGUACUGUUCAUGUGGACGGUGGUGGUGGCCUACUCCGCCUCCGCCUACAUCCCCGCCAUCCUCAUGGAGCGCCCGCUCUUCAUCCGAGAGCGCUCCGACGGCCUCUUCCGCGUGGUCACCUACCUCGGCUUCAAGCUGCUGGAGGAGUUCUCAGUGCAGUUCAUCCUCUGCCUUCCCAUCUCGGCCAUGGUCUUCUACCCGCUGGAGCUGUCCGGCAGCUGGGCCCUGUUCUGGCUGGUCUACUACUUCACCACCCUCGUCGGCAUCUCCCUCGGCUACUUCAUUGCCGCGCUGUCGCCAAACAUGGACGUUGCUAACGCCGCCCUCCCCCUCUUUAUCACCAUCUUCCUCUUCUUCACCGGGCUGCUCAUCCGAUGGGUGGACACACCCUGGUACUGGAGGUGGGUCGGCUAUGUCAACUUCCUGCGCUACUCCUGGGGGGCCCUCAUGAUCAACCAGUUCCAGGGCGCCAAUGCCAUCUACCUGGGGUCAGAGGUCCUGGAGUACUUUGCGCUGAGCGGGUACGCUGCCUGGCAGUUCUUCGGCUACCUGACCAUCUUUGUGGUGGUGUUCAGCUUCUGGGCCUGGCUCGCAUUGGCCUUCAUCAAGCACGUCGUGCGAUGA